UCACAAAAGUAUUCCAAUGAACGUAUACCAAAUAUUCCUCAUUUUCUUUAAUUCAAUUUAACAUCAAUGCAAAACGGUGACUUACCAUUAUUAGUAUGGGGCAUACAUCAAAAAGUGUGAAUACUGGAAUAUUUAUUAUAAUCAUUUAAACAUAGUGCACAAUUAGACAUUUUUAAGAUAUAUCAGUGACUUUUAAAAAGCGAUUGUUACUUUCGGAAAUACCUUAACUGUAUUUAGUGCUGCAAAUCAAUAGUGCCGGUAGAUUGCGAAAACAACACGAAUGCUUAUAUUCCGGCACAUCUAGGAUGCUAAUAGUUAUAGUGGACCUCAGUAGAGCAUUAAACUUGCUUAAACAUUUAGAAGCAAUCAAGCCUUAUAUUAUAUGGUAGUGAAAAUGAGGAUUGCAUUUAAAUCGUUUACUACAAAACGAUUGCAUGUGUUUUGGAUAGGCUCUCUGUUCGCUUUUGCAAUUAUGUAUUUCCAAAAACCACCGCAGAUCGUUCAAAAAGCUGAAUCGUCCCGCAAUCUCAUACCACCAAAUCCUCAACGAACGGACACUAAAGUAAUUCCAUCGUACACACCGUUACAUAUUUUCAAACAAGCUGCAGUAUGUUCAGAUUCUGAAAUAUGUAGUGGAAUAGGCAGAGACAUUCUUCAAAGAAACGGAUCAAUAGUGGACGCCGCACUUGCAGCUAUGUUUUGUGCAGGACUUUCAAACAUGCAAUCCAUGGGCAUUGGAGGAGGAUUCAUUAUGAACAUAUACAUAAAAGAAGACAACAAAGCAUACACAUUGGAUGCAAGGGAAAUAACUGCUCUGGCAGCAACGGAAAAUAUGCAUUUGCACGAUCCCUCUACUACCAAUGAAGGUCCACUCUCCAUCGCUACACCAGGGGAACUGAAAGGCUAUUGGGAAGCACAUAAACGAUUUGGAAAGCUGCCAUGGAGGGAAAUCAUGGAACCAACAUUAAAUAUAUGCAGAAAUGGGUUUCAAAUGUCCAAACAUAUGUUCGACUCUUUACACGCGAAUCCAAAAAUUAUGGAGGAUGAUGAAUUACGAAAAAUGUAUGUUGACGAACUGACAGGAGACUUUCGAAAGCCGGGAAAUGUGAUCAAACCUGGUCAGCUCUGCAAAACCUUAGAGUACAUAUCGGAAAAUGGCGGCAAUUCGUUAUAUGAAGGAGAACUUUUAGAACAGUUUGCUGAAGAUCUGAAAGACAUGGGCAGUAUUAUCACGAAGGAGGAUCUGGAAAAAUAUGAAGUUCGAUGGAACGAGUCUAUUGCUAUUGACAUCAAUGGUGAUACAAUGUACGUGGUUCCACCACCAGCGAGUGGCAUUUUACUCAGUUUUAUUAUGAAUAUUUUGAAAAAUUUCCAUUUCCAACCAGAGCAUCUCUCUAAUAUUAAUUCAACAAUCCUAACAUAUCAUCGAAUCAUUGAGGCAUUCAAGCAUGCAUAUGGCAGACGCACUCAAAUUGGAGAUCCAAAAUUUCUUGACAUCGAAGAUCUUGUUCAAAAAAUGACUUCACCAGAGUAUGGUGAAAAAAUCAGACAAUGCAUAGACGAUUACAGUACAAGGCAAAAUCCACACUACUAUGGAGGUGACUUUUACAUAAAGGAUAGCCAUGGUACGGCUCAUAUAUCGUUGAUAGGUCCAAAUGGAGAUGCUGUUUCUGUUACGAGCUCGAUAAAUUUUUAUUUUGGAGCGGCUCUAUCCGGGAGAAGAACUGGCAUAAUUGUGAAUAGCGGAAUGGACGAUUUUUCGUCACCAGGGUUAAAAAAUUAUUUUGGGCUUCCUGGUUCUAAACGAAACUAUAUUCAACCACAAAAACGAGCACUGUCAUCUAUGUCUCCUACUAUCCUGGUUGGAACUGAUGGAGACGUUAAGCUUAUAGUGGGUGCAGCAGGCGGCACAAAAAUUACAACAGCAGUAGCUAUGACAAUUAUCAAAUACAUUUGGUUUGGUUGCGAUAUCAAACAAGCUGUGGAUUCUCCGCGGAUACACCAUCAAUUAAUUCCGAUGGCACUGCAAUAUGAAUUUGGUAACUUGGAGGGCGUUUUAUUAGGACUUGAAGCGAAAGGCCAUAAGACCGUGCGGUAUCGAGAGCGAGGAUCCAUUGUUUGUGGUAUAGCACAAAAUAAAACGGGUAUUUAUGCUAAUGCCGAUUUUCGAAAAGGUGGAGAUGUUGUUGGUUAUUAACGAAAUUAAUAAAUUCAGUCAUUAUAUUUUA